AUGAGAUUGACCGCGGUGCUAAAUUGUACUAGAUUCUUCUUGAUGCAAGGAUUGGCUUUCCAUGGUCAUAAUGAGUCAAAAGAGUCAGUUAAUGGAAGAAAUCUAAUAUACUGGUAUGUAGCUAUUUGUGAGGAAGUCAAGGACAUAGUAUUUAGUAAUAUUCCUGGAAAUGAACAAUUGAUUUCACAAAAAAUCCAAAAGGAUUUGGUUAACUAUUGUAUUGUGGAGGCAACAAGGGCUAUUAUGAAGGAGAUAAGAGAUUUUUUGUUUUCAAUCUUGGUUGAUGAGUUUCAUGAAAAUUCUGUGAGAAAACAAAUGACAGUUGUUUUGAGGUUUGUGGACAAAAGUGGACAAUCAUUCGAGGAUGCUAGUGAUGCAAUAUUUUCUACACAUAGGUUGAGUAUAUCUAGUUUGAGAGGUCAAGGUUUUGAUGGAGCAAGCAAUAUGUCAAGUGAGUUCAAUAGGUUGAAAGCUUUGAUUUUAAAGGAGAACCCCUAUGCUUUGUAUGUUCAUUGCUUUGCUCACCAACUUCUGUUGGCAUUUAUUUUUGUGGCACGUAGAAAUGAUAUGUUUGGCGAUAUAUUUAACAUGCUUAUUAUUAUUAUUGUGAAUUUGGUUAUUAGUAUGUUUAACACUAUCAUAGAUAUUCUUGAGAAUAUAUCAGAAGAUGAUGAUCUUUUACAAGCUCUACAGAAAAAGGAUCAGAAUAUUCAGAAUGCUAUGGCAUUAUUAGAUUUGUGCAAAGUUGUAUUGCAGAACAUGGGGGACAAUGGCUGGGAUAAUUUGUUGAGUCGACUCAAUAUUACAAGAUUGAAUGAUUGUUUUUCAGAGACAACUACUGAACUUCUUACUUUCAUUUCAUGUUUGAGUCUAAGAGCCUCGUUUGCAGCUUUUGAUAGGGCUAAGUUGCUACGUCUUGCUAAGUUCUAUCCUUCAGACUUCACUACUGAAGAGCUUAUAUUACUCAGACCUCAACUUGAUAAGUUUCUUGAACUUGUGAAAAGGGACAAAGCUUUCUAUAAUUUCAAUAGUAUAUCUUGA